AUGGGAAAUUCACAGACAAAGGAGGCGCGGUCUCCUUUGUCGGCGUCACACAGAAACCGCUCAUUAUCCGAUCAGAGCCGCUCCCCAUAUCACGCUUCUCGAUCACACCGCUCCAGUCGACAUGACCUUUCGUUUCUCGGCAUUGGGAGCGGAUCGGGCGACCGAGAGGCCAUUGUUCAUGAAACACGACGAGAAACAAAACAAGAUCGAGAAGCACGACGCCAGGAAAAGGAACGAGCCGCCCGACUGAAGGAAAGAGAGCGGAGUAUGAAGGAGGAGCAUGUCGAUGGUGGAUAUUUGGUCACUCAAGGUGUCUACGUUGGGACAGAAGACUUUAACAAGGAUGUAGUUCGUCAGCUCAUGAUUGAGAGACGUCUAGCGCCUUUCUGGCGUGGACUGAAUGAUUUCUCAGAGUCCUGGACUGAACACCAGCUGAUGGCUGCAGCCCGAGGACUGCCUAUUCCUCCACCAGAUGAGAUACCGCCUGAAUUACAAUUUACACCACCCUCAAAAAACACAGAAGAUGGUGGUCCAUCUUCAGGGAAAGGCGCACAAUUUUUAACCGUUCCAUCAGCAUCCGGAAGACCACUAUCUGCGCAUUCAGAGACUGCAAGCUUGCCAGCGCUGAGCCCGGCCCAGUCAUUACCAUCGCCUACAUCACCGAUCGCGUCUGGCACAUCCACCUCGCCACUUUUCCGAAGUCGCGCAAAGACUUUGGCUGCUUUGACAGGCAGCAAGAAUAUCCAACCUGUAGAGGUCGGCCCACGCGAGAUUAUGCUAUCGCACGAUCCGUUCGUGAACGGCCAACCUCUGGAAGCCUAUCUUUACAAAGAUGCUAGCGAAUGCCCGAUUUGCUUCCUUUACUAUCCGCCAUACCUCAAUCAUACCAGAUGUUGCGAUCAACCAAUCUGCUCAGAAUGUUUCGUGCAGAUCAAGCGACCGGACCCGCAUCCUCCAGAGCAUGGAGAGCCACAGGAUCAGAACGCCAACGCGGAAAAUGGGUCGAGCGAAGAGCGCAGUGGUUCGAAUCAAGAAAGCCAACUUGUAUCUGAGCCUUCUGCAUGUCCCUUUUGCGUACAGCCCGAGUUUGGAGUCACUUAUGCUCCCCCACCAUUCCGACGUGGUUUGGCCUAUGCGGGCUCUAAUGCACUAGCAGUAGCCUCAGCGACCUCUCCACUAUCAUCAAGCUCCUCCCUUGGUUCUAUGGCUUCGCCGCCAGUCACAGGACGUCGUAGAGCGACAUCCCUUUCUGCUAGCGACCCGACUGUGAUUACGACCGACAAAGUCCGACCGGAUUGGGCGCAAAAGUUAGCAAAUGCAAGAGCACAUGCAGCUCGUCGAUCAGCAGCGGCUACUGCUCUCCAUACUGCCGCAUACUUGAUGAAUGCACCAGGCUCUGAGUCACGAAGCUUUGGACGUCGUGGUGUUCUAGGACGAGCUAGAGGAACUAGCUCUGGCACUCAGACCCCGUCAAGUCGACCUACCGGCUCGACAGCUCUCCAUGCACUUGCAUUUCUUUCAGAACGGCGAGCUGCUACCGGUGAACAGCAAUCAAACUCAACUGCCACUACCGGAAGCGCGGAAGGCGGCGGAUUAGCACCUCCUCGGGACAGCUCCAGACGCAGUCGGAUUGAUGACUUAGAAGAGAUGAUGAUGAUGGAAGCGAUUCGAAUGAGUCUGGCAAGUGAGGAGGAACGGAGGCGAAAGGAAGAGAAAGAAAUGCGCAAGGAAGCCAAGAAGAAAGAGAAAGAAGCAAAGAAAACGGAGAAGACCAUGCGGAAGAAUGCUACUUAUAGCAACAGCCAGGCGAGUCUAACACUUCGUAGCAGUGGAACCUCGAGUCGAGCGGAUAGUAGUUCGUCAUCGAUUACCGGGGAAACCCCGACAAACUUAGAUAAAGGGAAGAAAGUUGACCGUACAGCCUCGGCCCCUACGGUGGCCGCAUUGAAUGAUGCGGAAGCAGCAGAUGCUGGUGCGACGUCAACUUCUACCGGACAGACUAUUAGUCGCAAUGACUCGGACUCAUUUACACAACCCUCCCCUACUGAGCCGUCGCGGCGUUCCCAUCUAAGACACAUGUCUACCGCUUCAUCGACCUCAUCCUCAUUCGAAACGGGAACAGCCGAACAACCAGAUACAGGUGCAGGAUCAUCCAACCCGGCACUAGAGCCAAUGUUCAACUUUCGAAGUCUCGCAGCUGUGAUUGGUGAUGAGGAAAAGUCUAAUGGCGUUGCAGAGCAUGCAGAACACGUCGAGGACACUGCCCAACAGCAGUCCUCUACCACGGCGACCACUAUUCCCACAAUCUCAAAAACACCGCCAUUAGAGGAUGCAACUCAUCAACAGAACACUACGACGCCGCCGGUCGAUACCCACUCUCCUUUACCUCCACAAGACUCCGUGCAUAGCAUCGUUCCUAAGGAACUCAACACUCAUUCAGUAGAAGUUUCGCGAGAGACGACCGUCUGA